CCCAUGCUGCUAGGACGUGUACAGAUCAGUGAGAGAGUGAGGGAGAGACACUGCAAGCUGAGUUGGAGGGGUUCUCCAUCACAUUGUAUGCUCUGUACCUGAUCUAGCACCUCCAAAAGUGGGAGCUCCAGCACCUGCACUGUCACAGCUCUGACUACUGUAUGGUGGUGGACUUGAGGAAGGAGAAAGGUGACACACAUGCACCCAUUCAUAUCAAUGGAGAGGUGGUGGACCGUGUCACUGGCUUCAAAUUCCUGGGUAUCCACAUCUCCGAGGAUCUCUUCCGGACUACCAACAGCUCCAGUCUGGUCAAGAAGGCUCACCAGCGCCUCUUCUUCCUGAGGGCUCUGAGGAAGAACCAUCUCUCUUUAGACAUCCUGGUGAACUUCUACUGUUGCACCAUCGAGAGCAUCCUGACCGGCUGUAUCACUGUCUGGUAUGGGAACUGCACUGUGUCAGCCCGGAAAGCGCUGCAGAGGGUGGUGAAAACUGCCCAACGCAUCGUAGGAGUUCCACUUCCUAAGAUCGAGGACAUUUACAGGAAGCGUUGUCUCAGCAGAGCACGCAAAAUCAUAAAGGACUUCUCUCACCCUGCCAAUAGACUCUUUGCCCUCCUGCCUUCUGGGAGGCGCUACAGGAGCCUCCAGACCAAGACAAGCAGGUUUAGGAACAGCUUUUUCCUCACAGCUGUUUCUUUGCUGAAGUCUGCCUCCACCCGAUCACACACACAUUGACUGAACACAUUAUUACCAGUGUAUAUAACCUUUUUCUGUAUAUAACCCUUUCUGUGUACAGUUUACAUAUGCAAAUAUUUAUCAUGGUAUACAAUAUCUUCCUCAUUGCAUACAUCUAAAUCAUUGCACUCAUUGUACAUAACUCCUUCUCUGUAUACUGUUUACAUAUUGAAUUAUUUUCAUGGUAUACAAUACCUUCUUUAUUGCACCACCUAUAAUCAUUUGCUCAUUUGCACUCAUUCUAUUUACCUCCCUCUGUACACUGUUUAUAUACUGUUAAUAUAUGCAAAUUAUUUAUAUAUUUUUCUAUAUUGUUUAUAUAUGCAAAUUAUUUAUUUGUUUAUAUACUGAUUAUAUAUGCUAAUUAUUUGCACUGUGGAAAUGCCCUUCCGGUUAGAUGCUAACUGUAUUUCGUUGCCUUGUACCCACAUGUGCAGUGACAAUAAAGUUGAAUCUAAUGUAAUCUAAUCUAUUCUGGACCACCUAAAGCACCCCGAAAGCACAGAAAGCUGACGUUUA